GGCGAACGACGAUUGGACGACCUGGGAAGAGGCUGGUUCCAGACCUCAGUACCUUGGGCCCAUGGCUGCGCCGGACCUACGAGCGGAGUUGGACUCGCUGCUUCUGCAGCUGUUCCAGGACCUGGAAGAACUGGAGGCGAAGCGGGCGGCACUGAACGCUCGGGUGGAGGAGGGCUGGCUCUCGCUCUCCAAAGCUCGCUACUCUAUGGGUGCCAAAUCGGUAGGUCCCCUGCAGUAUGCCUCCCUCAUGGAGCCCCAGGUCUGCGUCUACACCAGCGAGGCCCAGGACGGACUCCAGAGGUUCUGGCUGGUGAGAGCCAGCGCCCAGACUCCAGAGGAGGUGGGGCCCCGAGAGGCAGUCUUUCUUUACCCAGCUUUGCGAAGACGCAAGGGUCUCACCAGAACCCCAGAGCCAGAGUCCUUCCCAGCCCUCCGGGACCCUCUGAACUGGUUUGGAAUCCUGGUUCCUCACAGUCUACGGCAGGCCCAAGCCAGCUUCCGGGAGGGCCUGCAGCUGGCUGCAGACAUGGCCACUCUUCAGAUCCGCAUUGACUGGGGUCGAAGCCAGCUCCGGGGGCUCCAGGAAAAACUCAAGCAGCUGGAGCCUGAGUCUGCUUGACCUGUGACCAGAGACAGAGGAGUGAGCGCAGCUGUUCCUUCAUGUGGCUGGCUACCUUAUCUCAGGCCUUCCUCCUUCACAGAUUGCCCCUGCCCCUAUUCCCAGCUAAUCCCUACUACUUAAAAUUUCUCUGGUUUGCAUGUUUUCAGCUUUGUUAGAUGUGAAAGUUUGAAGAGGCAAACUGAUUAAUGUUUAAAGUCACUACUGUGAAACCACUUCUAGGCUUGUAUUCUCCUAGGACACAGUCAUGUGGGGCAGAGGGCAAAGCUGUUAGGUUAGUUCAUAUUAGUAAAUAACCAGAACAUCCUCGUGGAUAUAUCAGCUGCAGUUUCUUUACAAGAUGCAAUACUAUCCAGCUAGUGGCAGGGAAGGGCAAAAAAUAGGUGCUUCAGUUUCACUAGAUUCUCAAAACUGAUUUUGAUGUAGGAAAAAAAACCAAACAUGGAUAACAGAUCAGGACAGCAUGAUUCCAUGUCAAU